GGAAUUAAUUGGCAAGGACGCGCGUCAGCUGCCUUUUGCACAUAAUCCUGCAGCACUUCCACGGAGAAAUCGCUUCUUAUUUCUGUGAUAUUACCUGAAACUCAAAAUGUCUGAUGCUGAGCUUGAAACAGUGUUUAAGUCGUUCUGUGCCUUUGGCGCAGGAAGCAAGGACGCACAGGCCACGAUGGACAACGCGAAGUUUGCUAAAUUUUUUCGCGAUCUCAAGUUGUACGACAAAAAAUUCACUCAGACUGACACGGAUAUAAUCUUCAACAGACCAGAAGUUAAGAGCAAAACCGAUCGAAAAAUUAACUUCAGCCAAUUCAAGAAGGCGUUAACCUUGUGUGCAGAGAAAAAAUAUGGAAACAAAGACGAUCUGCAAAAGUUGAUCGACCAAAUCUGUGCUGGAAAAGGCCCCGGUACAAGUGGAGCUACAAAAAUAAGCAAGACAGGUGGCGUAGAUAGAAUGACGGAUACCUCAAAAUACACUGGAUCUCAUAAGGAACGCUUUGAUGAGAGUGGUAAAGGCAAGGGUCUGGAGGGUCGUAAAGACUUUGAUGACAAGGCUGCAGAAGGUUAUGUUGGGGGCUACAAGGGAAAGGAUACUUAUGAUAAGACUCAUUAGUCAAAGGACUUUGAAACAGGUUCAUACAUACUAACUGCAUUAUCUGCUUGAUUUCUUUGUAUGGUGAACGGUGACUAAUUUUCAAUGGAGUAAAGCAAACUUUUAUGCACAUGAGAUAUAAAAUGUAGCUUAAAAUGUAUGUUGAACAUGUGAGUAAUGGCCAUGCUGUUUUAAUGUUUUCUGGUGAAGUGACUCAAACUGUGAUUGAGUGAUUGUUGUCCUGCAUUGGUUUAAGUCACUUAAACUACAUGUACUAAUAUGAGAGAGUUAAUAUUGUAAACAAUUGUAAGUUGUUCAGCAGUUUGUAACUGAUUUAGUUAGAUGCUUUUGAUGUUUGAAGUCAUUGUAAAUGUAAUUUCUACAUGAAAUGAAUAAAGUAAACAGAACUUAAA